ACAUUUAUGCGAGUUGUCACUUUGUUCAGCUUGUUUUUUUAUUUUCUGUCCUCAGUGUGACAUCCCAGAGGGAGGUAUGGUCCCCAAAUCUCUGUACAGGACGGCAGAAGAGCUGGAGAGUGAGGAGAACCGCCUGCUGACUGACUCCAUCUAUAAGUGUGCCAGUAUUUUCAAGGGAGCCCCAUAUGAGAUGCUGAUCGAGAUCACCGAGGCCUCCGCCGUCAUCACCUGGGACUUUGACGUGUGUAAAGGAGAUGUACAUUUCAACAUAUACCAUUCUAAAAGGGUCCCACAGCCCCCUAAGAAAGACACUCUCGGGGCCCAUGGCAUCACCUCCCCAGGGGCCGUUAACGCCCAGAUGAUUGACAGGAACUGGGUGCUGGGCCAGGACUACAGCCUGGUGGAGAAAGCCCUCAUCUGCAAGGAGGGAGAGAGCGUACAGGUCAGAGAGCUUUCUAACGGCACUAUCACCUGUCUUUAUACCUGAACUUAAAGGGGUCCUUUUAUACAUUUUGGGCAUCCCUUCCCUGUAGUGUGUUGUAUAGGUUUAUGUGCAAGUAAAUGGUCUGUAAAGUCUAAAAUCCCAAACCUCCCUCACAACCCCCCCGGCCUGAAGAC